AUGAGUAAAUUUAGUAAAAAAAUUCAAAACUUGGGCAUCCAUGAUAUAAGGAAUGCAGCAAGGUACGCACAGAAUAUGAUCAUUGCAUAUGAACCAUAUCAAAUCGAUAUAAGGCAAGCCACCAACACAGAUUCCUGGGGUCCAACAAAGAAACAUUUGGACCAAAUCCUAUUGGAUAGGAACAAAGUUCCCCUUCGGAAGAUUGUAGAUUACAUAAUGAAACGGCUGAUGGAUCACAUAAACACAAGACCCAGGAACCUCUAUGACCGUGCAAGGAAGGAUUACGUCAAUUAUGGUACUGAAUGGAGAGUUGUGUUUAAAAGUUUGAUUGUUUUGAAAUUCCUAUUACUUAAUGUGGAUCCAGGUGAACAAUUGGAUGACUUGGUAGAAUAUCUUUUAAAUCACUAUGGGUUUUUCAAACAUGAUAUUCUAGAGAUUUAUCAAGUUCAGAACUCUAGUGAUGGUAAAGAUAGUAAGCAUCAAGAGGUGAUUCAAUUGAAAUGUCAAGAAAUCAUUGAAUUGAUUAAUGAUGAAAAGCUAUUACUACAAAAACAUGACGCUAAUAAGGCACAAUUGGAAAGAAUGCGUAUUGGUGGUAGUAUUGGUAACAAUUUAGUGGUUAACAAGAAAAAUAAGCAAUUACAAUUACAAGAUAAUUGGGAUUGGAGUAGUGAGAAUGAAGAGACUUCGAUAGGAGGAGGAGAAUUGAAUGAAAAUAUCUUGGAUAUUGAAGGUGUUGCAAAAUCCCCCCCCAAUAUGUUACCUGAAACCACCAAUAUUAAUUUGAAUUUAAAUUCCAAUUCCAAUUCACACACACCAGUGGUUCAAUGCGACGAUGACAGUGACCCGGACUAUUCGUUUAAGGAUGUUGAAGACGACAAAGCUGCAACGCCCCUACCGACAUAUUUGGAGCAUCACGAAGCUGCUGGACUGGAGGAUAACCCAUGGCGCCCACGUGGCAUGUCUCUCGGCAGAUCUCGUCAUCAAAGUAUGGUCUCUGAAAUACGUCGUCAACGCCGUGAAACUUUACGUGACUCGAUAGUACAAACUGAAAAACAACGUCGCGAACUUGAACAUGAACGUGAAGUCUCCACGCCAAACCCGGUCACCAUGGAAUCCCUAUCAAGUCCGUUUUCCGGUAACCCUAGCAAUAAUAGCCCUACUGCCCCUGCAGCCACCUCCUUCGACUCCACACCAGAUUUGCUUGACUGGAGUACACCUUCUAGCCCCGUACAUCCUUCUGCAAAUCAAAACACAACCACCCAAACCCCUAAAGACACACAAGCUUCAGAGUUUGGUGCUUUCGAAACAACACCUGCUCUCCAGACGCCUCAAACCGCAAACACAACAACAAUCAUGACACCUGCCACAUCUAUUGUCACGUCUGCCAAGUCUUCUACUGCUCCUACAACUACUACUGCACCCACAAUCGAUGCAUUCCAGGCACUUUUCCAAAGUUCCAAGGGGUGCACAUAG